CCCAUUCACAUCGCUCCCUUCUUUUAGUUGGGUGCUUCUCAUCUUUUCUCUUCGACUGACGGAUGAAAUGACUGUCCGUUGACCUUAUAUUUACCCUUCAUUCCAUCCCCCUCGAUCCAAGUUGGCUUCCCUUCUGCGGUCCGGGGCGCUACUCGCCAGUGUUUUUCGCGGAGUCGCCGUCACUCCCCGACGCCCCUCUCCAGCCCUCCUCCGAACUUCGAUUCCUCGAGACUAUCGGGCCUAUCGACCUAGGGCUAACCCGCAGAAGCGCAAGACCCCCAGAGAACGUGCGCCACAAGCUGCUUCGACGGAUUCUCGAAUUGGUCAACCUCUCCUCGACCCAGACUGUAUUCCGCUCCCGGCCCCCAGACUAGCGAACAAACGUGGGCGGAACUUCCUUCUAUACAAUCCCAAGGCCUUUCAGACAUCAGGGUUUGGCCCUCCACCGAGGCCACCGACGGGCAAUCAUCCAAUGAAGUCCUACUACGAAGUCCUGACCACGCCGACGGCGGAUACCCCCGGCACUACGGUCCUGCUUCACUUUCCGGACAAGCGUUAUUUCUUCGGGCAGCUUUCCGAGGGCACUCAGCGCGCAUGCACGGAGCGUGGGAUUCGAAUCACCUAUUUGACCGAUGUCUUCCUUACGGGCGGGAUCAACUGGAGCAACACUGGGGGCUUGAUUGGUGUGAUUCUCACGCUGGCGGAUGGGAUAGCCAGCUCGAACAAUGCCAUAGAAAAUACUGCGCGUGAGAAAGAAGAGCGCUUAAGGGGGCAGUCGGAUGGAAAAGGCAAGAGGGAACAUGGGAUGUCGUAUGCUGUUCAUGACGGACAGCUGAUCGCGCAACGAGGAACCCUUACGAUCCAUGGAGGCCGAAACCUCACUCACUCUAUCGCCACGGCGCGGAGGUUCGUCUUCCGUAAAGGUACGCCGGUGUUUACGCGGGAAUACGAUUCGGAGAGCAUGGCCAAGGCCGGUGGCACUGAGACGGAGGAUCCCUGUGAACAACCUACCUGGUCGGACAGCAAUAUCAAGGUCUGGGCUAUGCCCAUCAGGCCGUCUCCCGUGUCGCAGGCGCAAGUGACCUCGCAGGUUCGUUCCCUGAGCCCGAGGAAGAGAAGCCUCGACGAGUUUGAGGAGAAGACCGACAGCGCGCUGGACUCGAUUGACGCACGGACCCGGGAUCAAAUCAUUCGGCAGUCGGUGAUCACGGACAUGUUUAACUCGACAUGGAGACUGGAUGCUCUGCACGAAACCAAGCUGGCAGAUGUCAAGAUGCCGGCAGUCAUGUUCGUUCGCAACCCGGUCACGAAAGAUCUCGAGCAGUACAAGGGACCUGUCCCUGGAGGCAACGAGCCCCUUCCCGAUAUCACUGUUCUUGUGCGCCAGCCUUGGCCGGGCGCGUCCGUCGAGAAGAUCCCUCACACCACCUGGUGCCAGGAGUCUGUCUCUUAUAUCGUCCGAGGCCAGGAUAUUCGGGGCAAGUUCGACCCGAAGAAGGCUCAAGAGUUGAAUGUCCGGAAGGGACCCGACUAUGCAAAGCUGGCUAGGGGCGAGAAUGUGAUGUCGCUAGAUGAGAAAGUCGUCACCCCGAGCAUGGUCCUGGCCCCGACGCGGUUAGGAAAGGGUAUGGCCAUUAUCGAUUUGCCCACCCCGGCUCACGUUGAUGACCUGGUGAACCGGCCUGAGUGGAACUCCCCCGCUGCCACCACGAACUUGGAGGCCUUCCUUUGGAUCUUGGGUCCUGGCGUAGGAGAUCACCCACGGCUCCACGAGUUUGUGGCAAGAAUGUCUCAGUGCAAGCACACGGUGUCCAGUCCGGAUUAUUGUCCCAACUACCUGUCGAUGAAGAGCAUUGCUACAUCGACAACCCGAAUGGGCUUCUUAAGACCUGAUAGCUACCCCACCCUUGUUCAUGACAAUGUGACCCUUCCCCAGCCGGGCAAUGCCACCUCAGAGAGCGCAAAUGCGGCCAAGCCUGUUGCCUUGCAGCCGGUGGCACCCGGUGUCAUCGUCGACAUGGAGCCUCAGUUUGCGCUCAACUACUCUGCAGUCGAGCCGCAUUUUGAGCCCGCAAAGGUGGACCAAAAGAUGCCCCGAGCCAUCGACCAGCGCAUGAGCACCAUACGUAAACGGGUGAAGAAACCCGAGUUUACGCAAAAGCUCGAGAAAUUCCGCAAGGACCUCCCAGGAGCCGACGUGGAGAUUAUCACGCUGGGUACCGGAUCUUCCGCGCCGUCCAAGUACCGCAACGUCUCCGCGACUCUUGUCAGCGUGCCUGGAUAUGGGUACUAUCUGCUCGACUGCGGUGAGAACACUCUCGGUCAGCUCAAGCGUGUCUUUGAGCCCGAGAAACUCCGCGAGGUCCUGCAGAACCUGCGGAUGAUCUGGAUCAGUCAUCUCCACGCCGACCACCAUCUCGGCACCGCUUCGGUCAUCCGCGCGUGGUUCAAGGAGAACUACCCCGACGGAAUCCCGUCGACAAACGACGUGGAAACGGACAUGUCCAAGAUCCUGAAGGAAAAGCGUCUGUUCGUUGUGUCCGAGCAACAGAUGACCAACUGGCUAGAGGAAUACGCUGCUGUCGAGAACUACGGCUUUGGCAAGAUCAUCCCCUUGAGCGCCACACCCUACCUGCAUCAUGAGAAGAUCCGCACCCAGUUCAUCUACCGCCACUGCCGUGCAGAUGGUUCCUAUCCCAACCACCAGCUCGACACCGCCAAGCCCGACACCACCAUCGUCAGCUUCCACGACCCCUCCUCCCCGCUCUCCGCCCUUCUCCGCGAAGCCACCGGCCUCUCCGACCUCCUGACCACCCGCGUCUCCCACUGCCGCGGCGCCAUGGCCGUCUCCCUAGUCUUCCCCAACGGCUUCAAGGUCUCCUUCUCCGGCGACUGCCGCCCCUCCGCCGGAUUCGCCACCAUCGGCCAAGGCUCCACGGUCCUCAUCCACGAAGCCACCUUCCAAGACGACAUGGCCGUCUCCGCCAUCGCCAAGAAACACUCCACUCUCUCCGAAGCUCUCGAAGUCGGCCGUCUCAUGAACGCCCGCGCCAUCCUCCUCACGCACUUCAGCCAGCGCUACCAAAAGCUCGCCCGCGUCGAAGAAGGCCCUAAAUCCACCACCACCCCCUCCGCUUGCAAGGGCGAUCCCACCACCCACGUCGGCCAAGUCGGUCUCGACGUCCCGGACGACGACCCCGAACCCACCACCACCAACACCAACACCCGCCGCCAACUCUUCGGCGACAUCAAAGUCACCAGCCGACCCCGCCUCAACGUCCCCAUCGUCGCCGCCUUCGACUACAUGCGUCUCCGCGUCGGCGACAUGCCCAUCGCGCAAGCCUACGCCCCGGCCGUCGAGAAACUCUUCGAUUUGCAAGAGCGCGCCGGUGCCGAAGAGGCCUCCGAGCGGAGAGAAGCCGCCAAGCAGAUUGAGCAGAAUAGGCAGAAAGCCAAGAAGGCGAAGCAGGCGAAACAUAAGCAGAUUCCUGCGAAUGAUGAGGCUGAAAUGGAGGUUGAUCGGCCUGCGUCGGCGACGGCGGCGGCGGCGGCCAAGACGAAGUCGAUUUGGAGUGCGAGUGAGAGUGAGAGUGGGUGGAGUACCAGUGGGAGUGAUAGUGAGGGGGAGCGGGUGCAGUUGGGGAGGAAGCGGGGGGGUGAUAUAUAAACCUUAGAUUUGGGAUGAGGGUUUGAUCAGUAAAGGGCUAUUUAUAUCGGGAUAUAUUUUGUGCAUCUUAUGUAUUAUUAUCUGAUAGAUAUACACAGCUUUGGAUACUAUGUGAUUGUGGGG